UAUCCUUUAAUCAGGAAACCAAGCUCUCAAAUGCUCUCUCUCAAAUGCUCAUCUUUCUCUUUAUUGUUCUGGUGCUGAGCUCAAGUCUGUCCUCUGUCGAUUCUUCAGGACACACAGAUUAUGAAGUCUCAAGGAGAGAAUUGGAAGCUGCUGAUUCUUCUGCUUCUCCUUCCUGUCCGCUGAACUUUAAUUAUCUCAGUGGGCUCAUUAAUGGGAGCUCCCAGCGGCUCCUGCUGCUGGACGUCCCAACUGAGUGUGGCUACAUGCUCCAGGCGCUCCGGCUGGUCCGCUCGCAGUAUCUCCACACCACCGGGCACUUCUUCCCGCCUCCCAACUCAUCCGAGGCCUGUUGGGACGUGUACCAGAGCAUAGUCAGUUCCAGGAUUGUCGGGUUCAAUGUCCAGUCCACCUGUGGGUUCAAGACCAGCCUCAUGUCCGAGACGUGCGCAAAUGUCACGACGCGAUCGGAUUUCGAGAGGCUCCUGUCAGGAACCGAGCUGAGCGAUGUCCAGAAGUUCUGCAAUCAGUCCCUGGAUGAUGAGUCUGCCUGCACGUCGUGUACGGACGUCUUGGCCCGCGUGCAAGGGUUGUAUUUUGGGGUUCCUAACAACGGGAAUGAGUCAGACUGCAAUGGGUAUCCAUUCAUCUACGCGGCUGCGUAUGCUGAGCAGUUCAGACCGACCGAUGAAGGGGACCUCAAGUGCUUGUUUUCGCUCAAUUUCAGCGCAGACAAGAAGAAGAAAAAGAAGUAUGGGGUCGUUUUCUGGGGAAUCGUCACGGGUUGCAGCAAUGGCUUCUUCGGCUCGGUGAUUGUGAUUUGGCUGUGUUGGACAUGGCAUUGGAGGAAGAAACGGAUGAGAAAGAGUUUGGCUCAGAUGGAAUCAGGCAAUGCUGGUUCAGGAAUGGAGAUGAAUCAGAUGAUGACUGCAAGUGCCAGAGCCAUCAGGUUCACCCUUGAGGAAAUCAAGAAGGCCACGAACAACUUCUCUAGGGACAACAUGAUUGGGAGGGGUGGAUAUGGGAAUGUGUACAGAGGAAUUUUGACAGAUGGGUCAGAGGUUGCCCUCAAGAGGUUCAAGAACUGCGCAGCUGCCGGCGACAGGGCGUUCGCACAUGAGGUAGAGGUCAUUGCCAGCGUCCGGCAUGUCAAUCUCGUGGAACUGAAGGGCUACUGCACUGAGACCGGGCCCAUGGAAGGCCAUCAACGGAUCCUUGUGUGCGAAAUGGUGCGCAGUGGGAGCCUCUUCGAUCACCUCUUCGGGCAAGAACAGAAGCCUCUGAGUUGGCCUGCCCGCCGGAAGAUUGCCCUUGGGACAGCACGCGGGUUGGCUUACUUGCACUAUGGUGCGCAGCCCAUUAUAAUCCACCGGGAUGUGAAAGCGAGCAACAUACUCCUGGAUGAGGCUUUUGACGCGAAGCUCGCCGAUUUUGGCCUCGCCAAAUUUACCCCUGAGGGCCAGUCACACGUGAGCACCAAAGUGGCCGGCACCCUCGGGUAUGUGGCCCCUGAGUACGCUUUGUACGGCCAGUUGUCGGAAAGGAGCGACGUGUACAGCUUCGGAGUUGUGCUCCUAGAGCUACUGAGCGGGAAGAAGGCGGUUAUUUCAGUUGAAAACGGCGAGGCCUCGCUCCUGGCGGAUUGGGCUUGGUCCCUAGUGAGGGGAAACAGCCCUUUGGACGUCAUCGACGAGGGGAUGCCGAAUUUGGGUGCGCCGGAGGAGAUGGAGAAGCAUGUUCUGUUGGCAGUGCUUUGCUCUCAUCCAGUGGUGUAUGCUAGGCCAACCAUGGAGCAUGUCAUGAAGAUCCUGGAAAGCGAUUCACCGGUACCUCCAAUACCCGACCGCCCUAUCUCCAUAGUAGCAGAGAUUGAGAACGUGGAGCAAUCAGCAAGCUCAGGUGGCUCAUACAGCAUCAUGACGAGCCCCAGCGAGUUCCGGCCAUUUAUGUCCGAAGGUUACUCAUUGAGUUCUGAUACGGGAUGAGAUCCUGAACAAUGAAUGUCUCGUCUGAUGGCAGGAAACUUAGGCUCAAUUUUACAGCAAAUUGCUCAUUCUCUUCUGGUGUUUUUGCAGAACAUAGAUGUGAGAACAAACAAUGUUCUGGGAUUAGGUUGAUUCUUUCAAUUAAAAUCAUGUAAAGAUGAUGUGUAAAUGAUUAUCCGGAUUUGUUGCCUGUUGUCUUGAAAGGACUCCACGAGGUUUUGUAUUCAUCCUUAACUAGGCUUAUUGCCGUGUCAAGCAA